AGGUAGAAUACACAUAAUAAGGAUUUUCCAACAAUGAUUUAUUAUUUUUUUUCUUCACUUGGGGAUUUAUUGUAAUGAUUUAUCUACCUAGGCAUUAGAUUAGCUAUGCAUUUUUACGUGGCCCACCUGAUGUAACGUGGUAUUGUUAUGAAGCACUAACAGAUACUCGCACGGUUUCACCCGCAUAGCUCUGAUAAUGUGGCUCUCUUAAAAGUAAAAGAAUUCAAAAUCUGUUCAUUAGAACCAAAUAUUACCCCCUUCAAACUUAAGGGAAGGUGCGGGCAAAGCGGACAUCCUGGUGAAAGCAAGCACCCGUUUUAAAUCAUCGCCUUAAUCAAUCCGGUUUUGCUUCCCACAAGGACUCAGCAGUCCUUAUCACUGUCUCAGUCCCCGCCAACAUUAUUCAUAUCUCCUAAAAACAGUGACCGUCGUGUCUGGGUUUUAAGAAUUUUAACAUUUUCAUCCAAAAUCCAAGGUAAUCUCAUUACGAAAUGGAGGAAACUUUUAAUAAAUUGAAGAAGGAAGGACGAAAUUCUGUCGAUAACCUUAUCGCUUGGAUGAAAGAUUCGAAAAUCGUAGACGAUGUAAAAGUGUCAGAGGAGCGCGCCCGCAAGCUGUUCGACGACGUGAGAGACAAGCAGCACGUGGAGAUGGAGAAGUUCCAGCAGGCGCUCUCUGCGCUGGCGGCCGAGCAGAAGGCCAGCGUCGAGGUGUACUCCCGCACCCUGGCCACAGAGGGAAAAAAGUUCCUCUCAGCGGUAGCAGAAGCGAGCACCGCUGCAGGCAACGCAGCUGCGGACGCAUUCAAACGAGCCAUGGACAGAAAAUAA